UUUAUAGAGGGAGCUACUACGUAUUGGUGCUCCAAAAAGCUUUACAUUUCCUUUUUUCAGUCAAGGAGCAAAGAUUUCAGGAUGGCUCCCAAAAGGAACAAUAUGGUGCCCAAUGGGCAUUUCCAUAAGUAUUGGCAGAGAUAUGUUAAGACCUGGUUCAACCAACCAAUGCGUAAAAAACGAAGGCACGAUCGGAGAGUGAAAAAAGCUCACAUGAUAGCUCCACGUCCCGUAGGUGGUCCCUUACGUCCAAUUGUCAGAUGCCCCACCAUUCGGUAUAACAACAAGAUUCGUCUGGGGCGUGGUUUCACUUUGGAGGAACUCAAGGCUGCUGGAAUACAUAAGCGAGAGGCUCAAACCAUUGGAAUAGCCGUUGACUAUAGGAGACAGAACAAAAGUGUUGAGUCCUUGCAGCAGAAUGUUCAGCGUCUAAAGGAGUACCGAUCCAAACUUAUCCUUUUCCCUAAGAAUAUGUCGAAGCCUAGGAAGGGAGAUUCUUCUGCUGAAGAGAUUAAGAUGGCUACUCAGUUGUCAGGUGUUGUCAUGCCUGUAAGUCAGCCAAUUCGUCGAGAAAAGGCACGUGUGCUGACAGAAGAAGAUAAGAAAUUCAAAGCCUUUGUCGCUUUGAGGCAAGCACGCUCUCAUGCCAGACUUUGGGGCAUGAGACAGAAGAAGGCAAAGGAAGCAGCAGAAGAACUAAUGGCUUCAGCUCCCAAGAAAAAAUAAUGUUUACUAAAUCUGUACGACAUCUAAGUUACUUAGUCGAGAAGACAAUAAAGUGAAAAAAACUUAA